GACACGUAACCGUCAAUUCACUUUCUUCUGUCAGUUCGAUAAUGGCGUUUGUGUAACGGUGUAGUGUCGAGCUUUUUAUUGAAUAUUUUGAAUUACAAAAUAGAGAAUUGCAACGAGUGUUAGUUACCACAACUAUGAUGGAAAAUAAGUGGAUUCCAUUAUGAGGCACGAUUGAAAGCGGAAGUUGUCUUUGUCCGAAUCGUUUAUAAAGCGAUCGUUUGAUAUCGCUGUUUCGGAAGCGAUGUCUUGAGCCAGUUUUCUGCAUGACAAACGGACGAGGCGCCGGAAUGGCGUCCUUCAUGACGAAAAAGAAGAAGUACAAAUUUCAAGUGAGUCUAUGUUUGGAAGAACUGCUGGAAGUGCCUUUCGUUUCUGCCGUCCUUUUUGCCAAGAUAAGACUCCUAGAUGGGGGAAAUUUUCAGGACCAUAGCAGCAGAGAGGAGGUGCGCGACCACAAAGUGAAAUGGGGCGCAAACUUUUCCUUCCCUUGUAAAAUGUCAGCGAACGCAUCCACCGGCGUCCUCGAGCGUUGUAUUUUACGGAUAUCCGUGCGAAAGGAGUGCAAAGGCGGCCGUUCAUUUACCAAACUAGGUUUCGUCGACUUAAAUCUAGCAGAAUACGCAGGGGCGGGUGUCACGUUCAAGAAAGCUUUAUUAGAAGGAUACGACGCCAGACAUCGUCAAGACAACAGCAUGCUCAAGUUUUCCAUUGCAAUGCAUAUGUUAUCGGGUGAUAUUUUAUUCAAAGUACCGUCUCCUUCCCUCAAACAUAAAUCUAUAGCUUCCGAAGAUCCAGCAACCGAAUCUCGAACGGAUGAGUUUUCGAGUGAGUCGCUGGGUGGUUCCAUUGCAAGUGGAAGUUCCGGAUUUGGGAGUUUGCCCAAAAAACGACCAGCGCUUUUAUCGUCAGAGCUUGUGAUUGGUCACACUUUGGUCGAAAAUAGCGUUCCGGUGACGGUCGCUGUCGAAGGACCGGAUCAGGUGCAAGCACCGGAACACGAAGAAGUGGUCUGUGAAACUGGACAUUCGCGGAACUCUUCAAACACGAGCCAAUUAUCCAAAGCUUCCGGUUACAGCAGCAUCCAUUCGCAUUGUCACAGCCGGCAGUCGAGCUCGGGCGAUUCUGGACAUAUCAGGGCUCUAUCACACAGACAAAACCGGAAACAAAAUGGUAACCCGUUCCUCAACUCCUCAAAUUUUAUUCGCGUAAACACUUUCCCGAACCGAAUCCGAAUCCCUAACACGAUAAUCCACGAAGACGUUUUAAACAGCACUUUAGAGACUUUAACUCCGGUUAAAUCACCCGAAAACGGAGAAACCACGCGUUACUACACUCCCGAUGGUUACCACACACAAUUGAGUAACGUUAGCGGUUCAAGCACCGACGAUUACAAAACUCCCGAUGAAUCUUUAGACAUGCGAACCGAUUUAUUUUCGCAGAAAUUCACCGAACUGCGAAAAUCCUCAUCGACUAGCUUAAUCGAAUUGAACGCGCAGCCAAACGAAUCCGAUUUGUUGCUGGACAACAAUCGUUUAAGCGCGGACAAUGCUAUUAAAAUCAAACAAACGGACGGUGUAUUAAAAUCGAAAAGCGACUUUGAAAUCCCUCGAGUCAGUCCGAUUCAAAAGACUCGUUUCCGAGGCGGUUUUUUCCGUUCGGAUAAUUUACCGGCGUUUUUAACACCGAUUCUUAAGCGGAAAAGUGCGCAAUCAACCCCCAAAAAUCCCGACUUCACUUCCCUCAACUCGCUUCGCACGGGGACGGCCGGGACUGACCAAUUGGGCACCCAGCCAAGGGGCUUGCCACAUCGCAAAUUACUGGAGGGUGCGUCAGGAGGUAAGCUAGCUCCGUUGGCCAUCAGUCCUGAUGAAACGCCUACCACUGUAUCGUCUGAUUGCUCACAAAACCUCACAAUUCGACGUCCCAGCGUCACAACAAAUCCGAGCUCAAGCAGUUUAGUCCUGUCCGAAACCGGUUCACUAGAUCGAGCAAAGGCGGCUUACGAGCGGCGUAAAAAGACGCAAAUUCAGGAUUCCGAUACGGGGGUGGUUUCCGGAAGGGUGGAAAAUACUCGUGUUAAUGCCAAUCGGCUAAUAGCGGAGAUUUUGAAAGAUACGAAUCUAGAGCAAGCUGAUGAUUCGGCUGAAACUUCAGGUCUUCAAUUGUUCAUUGCCAAAGAUGGGACUGCUGCGUUAGGGAAUCACGAAGUCAAGUCGCAGAUGUCAACUGGGGCGCAAGUUUUUAAACAAGUUGUUAUGGAUGACAACAGGUAGUCGAUAUGUGUGGUGUGUGUCGCAGUUUAGGAGCUUCUUUAAGUUUGACAGAGAAAUGAAAGCAGUGACAUCUCAUUUUCAUGUCAAUAGGACGGAUUUACUAGACAGUGUUGCCAAUUUUUGUGAUAUAACAGCGGUAGUAAACGUUAUUGGAACUCUUAUUUAAGUUGAAAUGACAUUAUUUAUUGUAAAUUAUUAUUGUGUUAAAUGUAUAUUAUUUAUUAUUGAUUUUUAAAUUAUUAGUACACUGUAUAAAGUCGUUUUAAAAUGUACAUAAAUACAAACAUGAAUAAAAACUUAGACCUAA